AAGGAGCAAUACUUGGGGGUGGGGGGCAGGUUCACGGGAAACAAAAAAAGGGUGCAAGUUCACGGGAAACAAUCUACCCUAAUGGUAGGAUUUAAUCCACUGAAUAUUGUGCCUUUACGUAAGACCAACACACAGCUCUAGAAGAAGACAGCAAAAUAUCAUGAUCAACAACGUGAAAAGCAGAAAAGCAACCGACUGGUAGUGAUCAAACUACCAGAAUCAGAUCAUUCAACACACGAUAGAGAGCACUUUCUAUGUUAUAGUGUGUCUUGAAUUCAGGAUAAAAAAAAUUCUGCAUUAUAAAGAAUGCUGGUGCUGAGAUUAAUCCACUUUCUCAAGGAUCUUAGGAAAUAGGUGAAUCUUGGAGAUCAGCCUGAAAUUUGAACCUGUAGCUGUUUAUGUUUGUACAAUAUUUUAUCUAAACUCAUCAUUUUUACCUUUUUUGCCUCUUGUUUAUUUGGGUUUGCCUUUAUGGAUGUGCUUACGUAUUUCUAUCUUUUUGGAAAAAUCUGAGACAUCUUCUUGCUCUGGUGUGCUUGAUGCUUUUUCCUGCUAUUUAUACCUCUUUCUUUAAAUAAUCUAAUGGUUCUAUGUAGUUGGCAAAUUUUUAAUAUAUCAUAUUUAAUAUUAUUUUCCAAUUUUAUUGUGGUUUCUACGUUUAAUGCUUUGUUUCUGUUAUUUAGACCAUUUAGGGAUUUUUUUCUAGCUCUAUAAGUAAUUGUUUUAUUUUGAGCUAUUAUUUUGUAUCUUGUUACUAUGGUAAUUUAAAAUUCACAUUUGGCACGUUUGUUGUGAAGAGAGAAUUUUGGAUGUGUUUAUUAUUAUCAGAUAAAGUAUUUAAUUCAGAAAUGUAAUAGUCAUCAUUCCGUUCAUUAUAGCAAAAACUAUGAUAAAAGCUUUAAACAGCUGUUUUUCGGUUUGACAGUACACCCACGUGCUCACUCUGUUUACGUUUUUGAAAGCAGCACGCGGUUGUCGCUGCUCGCGCGCUCAUUGGAUUGACGUCACGGGAAAUCCGCCCAUAGGCGGGACCCGUACGCGGAAGCAGUUUCAAUUUCGUUUAAAAAACGAAGUAUAACUUCGCGAAAUAACAAGAUCUGCGUAUUGGACCAACGCUAAAGCAUUCUUGUACGUGUUUCGCGUCGUUAAAAUUUAACCGCGAAGUACGGAAACAGUUAUAUGCUUCAUAAAAUGUUACAGCGAUUAUGUGGCCGUUACAAAUGAAUGCAGACUUUAGGAAAACACGGCAAAUAACUCUUCGAAAAGUGUCUAAGGCUUAGAAUACGUUACCGUAAAACAGAGCAGGGUCAUUCUACCCGGUUUGAGCUCCUUUCUGUUGACCUUCUGUCAAAUCACCGGUCAGAUUUGAACAUUUAGCGCGUUUGUGUUAACCGGGAACAAGCAUGCGCACUGGCGCCCUUGUCUUUAUGCGGAUAUAAGGAUUGGCGCCGGCGCCACAGCUGAUGCAGUCAUUCAUUCUUCACUGAAGAGGGGAGCAAAAACUAAAGUCAGCACCAUGUCCAGACGCAGUGGUCGUAUCACUCUUCAAGCCAGAGAUUCAAACACACCUGAGCCAACAGUCAGAAUCCCACUAAAGAAAAGAAAGACAGAGCUCUCAAAGAAGAAUCUCCAACCUGCUGCCAAGAAGCAAAGCUAUGAAAUACAGAAGUGCUGGUUGGAGGAUGGUGCGAGUCCAUGUGUCCUCAUUGAAACGCCUCACAAAGAGCUGGAGCCUUCAGACCCGUCUAGUUUCAAACAGUACCGAUUCAAGAACCUCUUCAUCAAGGCCUCCCCUAUCCCCUGCCUCAGCUGGGCAAGUUCCGACGAUGUGUGGAUUAAAAUGCUGAAUAAGGAGCUGAAGUACGUUCAUGACAAGAGUUACCUGCAGCGACACCCCAAACUGCAGCCCAAGAUGAGGGCGAUCCUGUUGGACUGGCUUCUAGAGGUGAGUGAGGUGUACAGCCUCCACAGACAGACGGCGUACUUGGCUCAGGACUACUUUGAUCGCUACAUGCUGACUCAGGAGAACGUCAGCAAAGACCUCCUGCAACUCAUCGGCAUCACAGCUCUGUUCAUCGCCUCCAAGAUCGAGGAAAUCUAUCCCCCGAAGAUCUACGAGUUUGCCUACGUCACAGACGGAGCGUGUGACAUGUGGGACAUCCAGCGCACAGAGCUGCAGAUAUUGAAGACGUUAGACUGGAACUUGUGCCCGGAGACCCCCAUCUCCUGGUUGAAGUUGUACGCUCAAGUAGAAGCUCAAAAAGAUGGUGAGAACUUCCUGGAGCCUCAGUUCUGUCAGGAGACCUACAUCCAGAUCACGCAGCUGCUGGAUUUGUGUAUGAUGGACAUCAGCUCGUUGGACUACAGCUACAGUGUUCUCGCUGCCGCCGCCUUCUGCCACUUCUCUUCGUUUGACAUUGUUCAUAAAGUCUCAGGCCUGACUUUGGACAGCGUGGUUUCUUGUUAUCGGUGGAUGAGUCCCUUCAUGGAGACGCUGCGUUCUGAAGCCAAGCCUCAACUCAAGAACUUCUCUAAAGUCAAAUCUGACGAUCGACACAACAUCCAGACACACGUGGCCUAUCUGGAGCUGCUGAGAAAAGUCCAAGAGCAUCAGGCUGACACUUCAGAUUGUCAGUGGUCACCUGUUGCCGUGGCAACAGUCCUAACUCCACCCAGCAGCGCAGAGAAAUUUGCCAAUCCCUGAUGUGACGACGACCACCGUCAGGACGAGCUACCUCCCUGAAGCGACUGCCUAUUCGCUGAUCAGAAAAGUUUUUGUUUUUAUGUUUUCGUAACACUAAGCUCUGAUUUCUGACCAGACGGAGUAGUUUUCAGCUAAUUGCUGCGUCAGGAAAUCUGGUGUUUUCCUAGAAACCUCUCGGAUCUCCAGAGCAACUCGGAUGAUAUUUUUGAUUUUCAUGAAGUAUUAUUGCGGUCUGAAUCAGCCGCGGCGGUCUAGAUAGACUUGAAACUGGCUGGUGUCAGACCGAGACGCGGCGGUGAAGCUGGUGGGUUUUGUGCCUGUGAGAAUUUACUGGUGCUUCUCUUAUGCUGGGGCAUGAUGCUUCCAGACAGUGCUUCAGGAAAUUGGGGGGGAGCCUGAUUUAGUGUUUUUAAAACUUAAAAUCCAUCUUAAACGGGUGGAAAUGGAAGCGUAAUGUUUUUUCUUUUUACCUGAACUAUACUCAGGCAUGUUUCCUGUGUAUCACCACCGAGUUAAUAGACUUGCAAAGCAUUUCAUAUCUACAGGAGCCACAGGUGUGUUUAAAUUUUUUAAAAUUUUGUUUUACCUGAUCUGCUUGUGGCUGAAUUCCAUUUAAUAUUUUAUUUUAUUGUGUGUAACCGUGUUUAGAACUUGGUUGCAGCUUUUGUUCGUUACAUUCCUGGGAAACUUGACAACUGCAGAUUUUUACGCUUCCUUUUUAAGAGCUUGUAUUUAUUGAUGAGCCUUAGUGUGUGUAAAGAAAGAAAGUGUGAAGUCGUUCUGACCGAUCGCUCGCUGCCAAAGGCAAAGGGCUAUUUAUGAUUUAGCUCCGUAACACCUGUUGCAAUUCUGCAUUAAAUGUUGUAUAUUUGUAUUUAGUGCCUUCCGUCUGUCGAGGGGAAACAAAUAAACUGUACAUGAAUUUAAUUUAAGCUGCAGCAAGCUGAAAGGUGGAAAUUAAAACCUUGUGGCUGUAAACUUAUGUAGUGAACCAACUGAGCUGUAUAUAAAUGUGAAUGAAUGUACGAUGUAAAAUGAGCAUUUCAGAAAGUCUAAUUUUCUGCUAUAUUGCAAUUUUUUUAAAUGAAUGAUAAAUAUUUUCA